CUUCUCCGCAGUCCGUCUGCUUUGAGGCCAGGCAGCUGUGUGGGGCACCGGGUGUGGAUCCUGCUGGCCAUGACCCACCUCACCCUGGACUUCUCUGUGUGCAGCCCCCUCAGUCAGGGCAUGGGGGUCAAACUCACGCCUAAAUCGGUGCCUCGCUCACGACCUCGCUGGCAGCCGCUCUGGGACACGCCCAACAAGCUUCACUGGAGAACAGUGAGCCCGUUGGCACGCCGGCUUCUCAACCCUAUCCCUCCACCCCAAGACAACAGGGCAGGGAUAGGGCCAAAAGUCAAGGGGCAAAAGCAUCGGAAGCCAGCGCAUAAAGGACAAGCAGCAUGUAAGGAGUGCCGGUUGAGAUACUCUCAAAAGGAGACAGGCGAUCCUUUGGCUGUAAUAGCGGAAGCUCCGGCAGCUUUACCCAGCGGGAGCAGAGGAGACACAGUGAGGUUGUUACUUAGAGCCAGGAGACAGCUCAAAUGGGACAGCUAUGACAAGUCUCAGGAGGGCCGAACUACCACAGUUGCCGGAUUUAUCGACUGGGGACCCACAGGGACAGAUAGCAUAGAUGACGACGGCAAACCGGAGCUCAACGUAACGCUGUCUACCAAGGUCUCAUCCACCACAGUGGCCACAACCACUAGCACUACACCCAGGCUCUCCCAAAGGACGUUCACUGUGGUGACCACACCAGAGCCCAAGAGGGUAAGCACCACCAAGGCCACUGUCAGCUUCGGGGAGACUGUCAAACCACCAAAGCCAUAUGGGGACACACCAGGUUUGGCAGUUCACCAGAUAAUCACAAUCACUGUGUCUCUCAUUAUGGUUAUCGCAGCCUUGAUCACAACACUCGUCCUUAAAAACUGCUGUGCGCAGUCGGGAAAUGGCCGCCACAAUAGCCAUCAGCGCAAGAUCCACCAGCAGGAAGAAAGCUGCCAAAACCUGACAGACUUCACCCCGGCCCGAGUGCCCAGCAAGGUGGAUAUAUUCACUGCCUACAAUGACAGCCUGCAGUGCUCACAUGAGUGCGUUCGGACUGCCGUGCCCAUCUACACUGAUGAGAUGAUCCAGCAGACGCCUGUCUACAAGACUGCUUACAACGGAAACAGGCCCUCCCCCACUGAACGACAGCUGAUCCCUGUGGCCUUUGUGUCAGAGAAAUGGUUCGAGAUCUCUUGUUGA